CCUAAGCGCUCUCUUCCAUCCGGACAAAAGUUUCCAAACUCCAGAAAAAUGAAUCCUUCCUCCCCCUCUAAUGAAACCCACCAGGGUUUUUUUCUCGAGCCAACCAGCCUUUUCCUGUUGUCCGUACCAAACUAGACCCCAAUAUCAGACCAGCAUGUCGGUAGAGAGCGCCACUGUUAAGUAUGGAUGCUUCAAGCCGAGCGCUUUGGAGGAAGUCAUCCCUUAUACCUUCCGUUCUCUGCUCUCACUGUAGCCGCCUGGGUUCCCUCUGUUGGAUCACCAAACGAACGGCUCGGAUGGCUUCUCUUUCGUCCAGCGCCGCUCCGUCCGCCACCGCAUCCUCCUCCGCCGGCACCGAUGCAGCCGCUUCCGCUUCCUCUGCUAUCGACUUCCUAUCGCUUUGCCACCGCCUGAAGACGACAAAGAGGGCCGGGUGGGUGAAGAAGGGAGUUCGUGAGCCGGAGUCAGUGGCGGACCACAUGUACAGAAUGAGCGUGAUGGCUUUAGUAGCCGAAUAUAACCCCGAUGUUGAUCGGGAAAGGUGUGUUAAGAUGGCCCUGGUCCAUGACAUCGCAGAAGCUAUUGUUGGUGAUAUAACCCCAUCAGAUGGUGUUCCAAAAGAUGAGAAGAGUCGUAGGGAGAGAGAAGCAAUUAAUCAUAUGUGCAAAUUACUUGGCGGAGGAUCUAGAGCCAAAGAAAUGCUUGAGCUGUGGAUAGAGUAUGAAGAAAAUUCUUCUCUAGAGGCCAAAGUUGUUAAGGAUUUUGAUAAGGUUGAAAUGAUACUUCAAGCAUUAGAAUAUGAGCAAG